AUGGGCUGCAUCCUCGGUAAGCUCGCCACCGCGCCCGGGUCCUCCCUCUUCUUCCCCGCCGCCGCCGCGACCGCCGUGGGAGGAGGAGGCGACAACAAGGAGGUGCAGCUGCAGGCGCCGCAGCCGGAGCACAUCGCGGCGGUGAAGAAGGACGCGUCCGGGUGGCCGCUCUGGCUCUCCGAGGCCGCCGGCGACGCGCUCCGCGGCUGGGCGCCCCGCGGUGCCGACGCCUUCCAGAAGCUCGAGAAGAUUGGUUCGGGCACGUACAGUAACGUGUACAAGGCGAUUGAGGUGGAGAGCGGCCGCGUGGUGGCGCUGAAGAAGGUGCGGGUGGAUGGCGUCGGCGAGGCCGAGAGCGCGCGGUUCAUGGCGCGGGAGAUCGCCCUGCUCCGCCGCCUCGGCGACCACCCCAACGUCGUCCGCCUCAACGGCCUCGUCACCUCCCGCCUCAACACGGCGCCGUCCCUCUACCUCGUCUUCGACUACAUGGAGCAUGACCUGACUGGCCUCACCGCCUGCGCAACUGCCUCUGGCCGCCGCUUGUCCUUGCCUCAGGUGAAGUGCUUCAUGAAACAGUUACUUUCCGGGAUUGAACACUGUCAUAACAAUGGUGUUCUGCACCGUGACAUCAAGACCUCGAACUUACUUGUCAGCAGCGAUGGAAUUCUUAAAAUAGCUGACUUUGGACUUGCCACCUCUUAUGAUGCUGAGAACGUGCGGCCCAUGACUAGCCAAGUGAUUACGCUUUGGUAUCGUCCACCUGAACUCUUGUUAGGAGCAACUCACUAUGGUGUCGGUGUUGAUCUUUGGAGUGUGGGUUGCAUAUUGGCAGAAUUGCUUCUUGGCGAGCCGAUAUUCCCCGGAAGAACAGAGGUGGAACAAUUGCACAAGGUUUUCAAGUUAUGUGGUACUCCAUCAGAGGAUUACUGGGAGAAAAUGAUGUUCGCUCAUCCUACAUUCAAACCAUAUCAACGGUGCCUAGCUGAAAAAUUUAAAGAUGUGCCACCAUCUACCCUAUCACUUCUCGAGACACUCCUAUCGAUUGACCCAGAUAUGAGAGGCACUGCAACUGAUGCUCUGAACAGUGAGUUCUUCAUGACAGAACCAUAUGCCUGUGAACCAUCGAGCCUUCCACGCUAUCCACCAUGCAAAGAAAGAGACGUGAAGUUGAAGUAUGAGAAGCAUAAAAGGAAGUCGAGGGUUAAUGGGUCAGUAGAACGUCACAGAAACCGACAGCACGCAUCACAAAAUCCUGGGCGCAGAGUUUUUACUCCAGAUGCCAAUAAUAAGCCGCAAGCAAAUCCAAAGGUACCAAGGUUGGUGACAAGCACAAGCACAACCAAACUUGAGAGAUUUCCUCCGCCUCAUUUGGAUGCGUCGAUUGGUUAUAGUUUAGAUUCAUUGGCUGAUGGAGCCACAGAAGAAUUCUUCUCGUCAUCAGUUGUUGAGCUAAAGAAAAUGCCAAGUCUAAUAUUUGGUCACGGGAAGUCUUACCUGAAUAGCCCAAAGAAGGGCAUGCACAAGGCAAAACCAGACCUCAACAUGGCGCCUUCAACCGUUCUCAUUGGUGCAUUCCGGCCUUAUUCAUUUGGGCAGCCAAUGGAAGUGAGAAGAAAGAAUAGGGAGCAAUUCAGAAGCAAAGGAAGAAAUGCAGUAGGUGCAGUCAAGUGA